AUGAUGAGUGGAUGCUCAUCAAAUCUAUUCGCUUUGUCCUGUGAAGGCUGUGAGAACGACUGUUUUUUUUUUUCAGAUUGUCUCAAAUUUAGUGCCUCAACACUGAUAUUCCUAUUUUAUGUUUUGUAACGCACCUCUCCUUUAUUUUUUGUAACAAAGAGGUGUUGUAGUUUGUUGAUAGCUAGCACUGCUCUUGAUUCCUCCCACUGCUGUUGUAUCACGUGUGCAUUUGAUUCCUCACGUCCAGUUGCCAAGGCAGCAGAUGCAAAAACAAAUUAGAGUUUGUUUUCUCCAUUAAGUCAGCUCCCAGUUUCUGAGUGCAAAAUAUUUGGCAGUAUGUCCAAGGGGAGGGAAGCAUCUUGUGCUGGUUCUGAGCAUAAGGAGUUUUGAGACUGGCUGAUUUCUCAGGAGCAAGAAUCAACAUUUCAACAGCUGAUGGACUCAGAGCUCCUGAGCAGGCUGCGCCAGGCCAACCAGGAGCUGCUGCAAAGGCUGAGAAUGAAGCAGGAGGAGAUCAGAAAAGUACUUCCCAGCAAGAAACUCCGUCCAGCAGCUCCUCAUGGCAGUACAGCUGCUGAGAGACGGAUCCCCUUGUCCAGGAGAGUGAAGGAAAAUGAGGCUGAUGCAGUAAAAUCUACAGCUGCCCCUGGAAUAAUGGUGUCUGUGGAAGCCAGGGCUGGCCCAGCCCUCAGCUCAUCUCUUAAACACAGCAGCAGUGCCAGAGGGGUACAGCAACAGCAAGCAAAGACACAGGAAGGAGCAGGCCUCAAUUCCAACUUUCCUGGGAAAGAGAAGAGUGUUAUGCCAGUGUCAGCAGUCACUAGGUGUGGCAGAGAAAUCUCCAGAGUGGGUGGGGAUGGUGGUGCUCAAGCAAGUCCAAAGAAAGAAUCCUUCUUCCUGGGACAUGGAGAGAACAGAAAACAGUCUGCUCUGCUGCGUGGUUUCCAUGAGAAAAGUCAUCCAGGGCCAUCACAAAAUAAAGAGACCAGUGAGCAGCAUGUGGUCAUCAAAGAGCCCCACAUCCCUAAAUCAGCCCUGCUGAUGUCUCCAUCCAAAGAGCCAAAGAAGGAAGCUCGCCAUGUGACUUUUCAGCCUGAGCCUGAAGAAGAUGCCAUACCUGUCAGCAGCUGGUCUGCCCAUCCUUUACUGGGCUAUGACUGGAUUGCAGGGCUUCUUGAUACAAAGUCUCCAGUAACAGAAAAAUCUGAGCAAUACUUUGCUGAGCUGCAGGAGUUCCGACAGUCCAACAGAGAAACCUGUAUUCAUCAGCAGCCCCUGGAGCCCGAGGCUCUGGAUUGCACAAGUCCUGAAGAAGAACUGGAUUUGAUAAUUGGUUCUCAUAAGUGUGUUUACUGUUAUGGAUUAAACCAGCGCCUCUUUACCAUCCCUUUGGAUUCAGAAUCUGCCUGCCCUGUGUGUAAGGUCCCACGUAGCCAACAGCCCCCAGGGACACUGGAGGAGCCAGCCUAUGUCAGGGUCAGCAUUCCCAGGUCUGCCCUUUUGCCAGCCCACAAGUACAAAGCCCACCGCAGGAGGAGCUUUGAGCCAGCAGAUGACCUUGCCCUGCCCUCGCAUUGCAUGGCUGGCUGGGAAAACAUGGUUCCUUCCAGCAGCACCCUGCUCAGCAGUUUGGAUCUGAGAACCUCCCUGGAAGAGAAGCCUUCUCCCUGUUCUCACCUGCACUCAGGGAGAAGCCAGAGCUGACAAGUUUCUACACCUGCCUCACUUGGCUCACCUGAGGUUCAGCAGAGCAAACCAGGACACCAGACAGCAGCUCUCAGUUCAGACCCCACUCCCUCAACACUCUGGAUCAUGACUUGAUUGCCCAGGGGAAGGGAUGGGCACAGCACGUGGAAACAGCUCAGAAACAAAGCAAUUUGGAUAAAAAUAAAUAUUUGGACAGAUUUCCCCCA